AUGAAAAGAGGACUUUCCUUACGUUUGAACUGCUCCGGCAUUUGUGGAAGACGAUUGCUUAGCCAAAAAUCAAUCAAUGCCCCAGACAAUGCUCCUCGAGCUGCAGAUAACGAACAGUGGCUUGAUCAAUUGAGGCGGACAAGAAGAGGCCCCAAUCCAGCAUUUAGCUCAACUCAAUCGAAUGAUCCACUACCAGAUAGAGUGAAGAAGCAGAAUUCAAAUCGAUUUCCAGUGGAAAUACUCUCUAGCCCCCCGGAUACUCAGUAUAUUGAAGUGGAAGCAGCGUUAGCUAACUUCACGUCGAUCAAGUAUCUACAACAUUUCGACAGACAUAAGCAUAGACAAGGUAACUUCGUGGAUGUUCGAAUUAUCAAAUGCCGUAGCGGAAAUGGAGGUGAUGGUGUAGUGUCGUUCUUUAGGGAUGCGGGCAGAUCAAUUGGUCCACCAGAUGGUGGUGACGGAGGCGAUGGGGGAAGUGUCUACGUACUAGCUGUCGAGGGUCUUAACUCCCUGUCAAAACUGAGGACAACUUAUAUAGCCAGUGAAGGUUCCAAUGGUGCUUCUGAUCAAUUGGACGGUGCAAGAGGUAAGGAUAUUUUGAUUACUGUACCAGUGGGAACUGUAAUACGUUGGUGCAUGGAUCCAAAGUUGACUCGAGAGUUUGUUCAUAAGAAGCUUAAAGACCAAAACGAGGGUUCUCUUCGAGCCAUUCUCAAUGAUAACAAGGUAAGAUUGGACUGCACAGGGAAAUAUGAGCUUGAUACUCACCCAAAGAACAUACAGUUGUUUAGAGAUGCAUACAAACCAGGGGAAGGUUGGCUAUUCAAGGGUAAACAUGAAGAGUAUCAUAAGGAUAAAGAUUGGUUUAUUGAUCUGAGCAAGAAAGUUGAAUCCUACGAUCUUAACUUGUAUGACACAGAGCUCAGGGAGGAUAAAUUUCCGCUUUUUGGUCUUGAUCUUAAUAAACCUACAGAUAAGCCCAUAUGUCUCCUCAAGGGGGGGAAGGGUGGUCUUGGAAAUAUGCAUUUUUUGACCAAUCUAAUCAGGAAUCCAAGAUUUGCCAAGUCUGGAAGAAAAGGUUUGGAGCAAUACCUUAUGUUUGAGCUGAAGAGCAUCGCAGACCUUGGUCUUGUUGGGCUACCGAAUGCCGGUAAAUCUACAAUCCUGAACAGAAUAUCCAACGCUAAACCAAGAAUAGGCCAUUGGGAAUUCACUACCCUGUCACCAACUAUCGGCACCAUUGAUUUGAAUGUUGGUGAAUCUUCAUUCACUGUGGCAGACAUUCCGGGUAUUGUGAAAGAUGCCUCUCAUGACCGCGGGAUGGGACUGGAGUUCCUAAGACAUAUCGAGCGUUCAAAAGGGUGGGUUUUUGUUGUCAGUAUCGCCAAUGAUGAUCCAAUGGCGGAUUUGCAGAUCUUGAUCAAUGAAUUAGGUGGUUUGGAAAAAGUUAAGGCUAAGAACGUCCUAGUUGUUUGUAACAAGGCCGACAUCGAUUGCAACAAAGAGGAACCGAUCUUGAAGUUCCAAAAGGUCAAAGAGUUCUGCUCAGAACACAAUUGGGAUGUUCUACCUAUGAGUGCACUCAAGGGAGAAAACGUAGAUAUUCUUGUUCAGAAGAUGGCCAAAUGUGCCGAGGCGGUAAGACUUUCCUGA